AUGUUACUAAUUGUUUUCUUAUUGCUUACAUCUAUUGCUAAUCUAUCGGUAAACGCAAAAUACAACUACGACACGGUUACAAACAAUGAUGCAGAAGAUUUUGUUAAAUUGGACCAACAGGAUCGGGGGGAAGAUUUAUUUGCUGCUGAGAAAGAGAUGAUUAAACAAAUGAUGGAAGAUAAUCUACGGCAAGAAACGGCACGACGAGAGUGGCGUCGACGAAUUCACCUCUCAUUCUUGGAAACACAUCAACGUAUUAGUGAGCGUGAUACAGUACAUAUUAAAGAUAUGUUUUCACCAUCCAUACGAGCUGAUUAUCUGCGAAUGCGUCGCAUCAUACGACAACAGAAUGAUGGCGGGACAUUUUUAGAAGAUAUCUUAACACUUGUUCUCUGGACUAUCCCUUUUAUUACCCUCUUGGUGUGGCAAUUCCUAGGGUAA